AUGGCUAAUUCAAGUCAUGUUAGAUUGAUUAGCUUUCCGUCUCGUUCACAGCCAGAGUAUCUAAGAGUUGAGAUUGAGCUAAACAGGCUCAAAACAUGGGAAUCAACAUCAAUUUCUUCAACAACAACCCCUUUUAGUUUAAACACUAUUCAACAAGGCCUUGUAGGGCUAGCAGAGUUGUAUAAUUGUGUUCAAGACCUUCUAGAGUCCCCGAUGAUUCAACAAGCUCUCCUCGAUUUAGAUCCAUCUUUAUCUAAGCUAUUUGCAGUACUAAGACAAGUAUCAAUCUUGACCAUCUCAGUCCAAUGUUCCCAACUUUCUUUCUUGUCUUCGCCAGCUUCAAAGGCGAAGAAAAACGGGUGGUCAUUGAUUUCAAAAAUGCUUGUUACAAAAUCAAUGACUUAUAAGGGAGAUGAAAAGACAAUCAAUGAGGUUGAAUAUGUUGAUUUUGCUCUUUGUUCUUACCUUCACAACAACGAUUUUAAAGUUGAUGUAUCGAUGAUUCAGAGAAAAUUGCAGAUAUUAAAUACUGGUCUUCAAGCUAUUGAGGUUGGCACAGAGUGCUGGUCAAGGCAAUUAAUCAGAAACAGAGUCUGCCUUCUUAACAUCCUUACUCCUUAG